ACCGACAUCAAACUCACUUACUACUCACUCACACACGUUCACACAAACUAUCCAUAUUUAUACUCUUCACUAACACCAUUUUUUUCAUCUCAAUCCUUAUUUUUUGGGUUUUCUUUCCAUAUAAAUCCCAAAAAAUAUGGGUGUUUUUACUGUUACUGUUCAUAAGUUGAUGUUCAUUAUGAUCAUUGUUGUAUGUAUGGUAUCACAAAGUAUUAGCAUUGCUAAAUGGCCACCUUCCCCAGGCUAUUUUCCAAGUAAGAAAUUUAAGUCUAUGAGUUUUUAUCAAGGUUUUCGAAACCUUUGGGGUCCUCAACAUCAAAGGAUGGACCAAAAUGCUCUUACUAUUUGGCUUGAUCAAAACUCAGGAAGCGGGUUCAAGUCGGUCAAACCGUUUAGAUCCGGGUAUUUUGGUACAUCAAUCAAAUUGCAACAGGGUUACACAGCUGGAGUAAUAACGGCAUUCUAUCUAUCAAACAAUGAAGCACAUCCAGGGUUUCAUGAUGAAGUAGACAUGGAAUUUCUUGGAACAACAUUUGGAAAACCAUAUGUUUUACAAACAAAUGUGUAUAUAAGAGGUAGUGGAGAUCGAAAUAUCAUUGGAAGAGAAAUGAAGUUCCAUCUUUGGUUCGAUCCUACUAAAGGAUUUCAUCACUAUGCUAUUUUUUGGAGUCCCAAAGAGAUCAUAUUUUUGGUAGAUGACAUACCCAUAAGAAGAUACCAAAGAAAAAGUGACACAACCUUCCCACUAAGGCCAAUGUGGGUAUAUGGUUCAAUAUGGGAUGCAUCAUCAUGGGCAACAGAAGAUGGGAAAUACAAAGCAGAUUAUAGAUACCAACCAUUUAUAGGUCAAUACACCAACUUCAAAGCCAGUGGUUGCUCCGCCUACGCCUCCCUUAAAUGCCGCCCCGUUUCGGUCUCGCCUUACCGGUCCGGCAGCCUUACACGACGGCAGUUCUCCGUAAUGAGAUGGAUUCAGAGACAUUACAUGAUUUAUAACUACUGCAUUGACCAUAAACGUGACCACUCUUUGACCCCAGAAUGUCAUUUACGUGGUUGAUAUAUUUUAUAUUUUUUUGCAUCAUAUAAUCAAUCAAUUUCUUAUCAAAUUUAUUAUGAGUGAUGAAUUUUGUAUUCAAUUUUAUUGAUCAUUUAUUUCCAGCGUUACAUCCAGCAAAUCAUAUUAUUUAAACUAUUUGUUGUUAUUAUAUGUAACCUAGAUUUGAAAUAAUAAUGUUGAGCUUUUUGUUCAA